ACAAAAGAGAAUAUGAGCAUCUUGGAGUAUUUAGUUAUAGGCUUAUAGCAGAGGACCCCACAAAGAAGAAGAUAGAAGAAGAGUUGUUUCUUUCCGCGUCUAUAUCGUAGGUACGUGCUUUCACUUUCUUUCUUAAUUCAUAAUCCAAAAGUAUAUCCAAAAUCUAUAUAAACCACCGUCAAACUUUCACAAAAUUCUAAACAAACAACUUGUACUCAUAUCACAACACACUUCAAAAUCUAAGAAAAUCAGUAGCUUGUUAUAGACUGACACGUGUCUAAAAUGAAUAACGACUCGAGUUUGUACUCGUCAGAUCUCAACCCAUUAAGUGCAACAAUAGCUUCCGAUGAGGAAGGAAUACUAUUACUAGCUUCAAGCCGACCCAAGAAACGUGCAGGGAGGAAGAAGUUCAAGGAAACUCGCCACCCGAUUUAUAGGGGAGUGAGGAGGAGGAAUAAUAGCAAGUGGGUUUGCGAGCUACGUGAGCCUAGUCAACAGAAAAGAAUAUGGCUAGGGACUUACUCUACUCCUGAAAUGGCGGCUCGAGCUCAUGAUGUUGCUGCAUUAGCUCUUAGAGGUAAUCUAGCCACUCUGAACUUUGCUGACUCUCGUUGGCGAUUGCCAGUGCCCGCAUCAAAGGACCCCAAGGACAUACGACAGGCGGCAGUUAUAGCCGCACAAGCUUUUUCUCAAGAUACUGAAUUAGUUGGAAUCGACGGUAUGAUUGAGGAAAUUAACUCCAGUACUAUUGAUGAAAUAAAGUAUCAAGAGAUUGAUAUAACGAGGGCUAAUAAUGGGAGUAGUAGGGAUUUUGGCGCGAAGGAAUUGUGUAUAGAUAUGGAGAACAAUUUAUGUUGUAAUUGGGGAGAAGAUAACGACAUGUUGGAGAUGGAAGGAUGGCAAGAAAAGAUGGCGGAGGGGCUUUUGUUUUCACCAACUCCACGUUUAGGUAGUUGUUUCAGCUGGGAUGAUGUAGAAAGUGAAGUUGAGGUGUCUUUGUGGAGUUAUAGUAUUUGAUACUAACUAGCCAGUUAGUUACAUGCUAGGAGUAGCAUUUUACAAAAAGGAAAAACAAAAAAAA